AAAGCUAUGGCAAAACCAAAGAUUUUAAAAAUUUGUUUAUGUAUGCUAGAGCUAUUUACUUUUUGGUUUCAUGUACAUCAUAUGUAUUAUAUAGCAGUAGGCACUUUUGCUUUCCUUAGCCAUUUUAUUCAUGUACUAUAAAAGCAUAUUUUGACCCUCUGGAUGUCUAUUCAGAAAUAAUGUAACUGAGAUUUCAUACUCAUAUGAUUUUUUUCAUAUGGUCGCAGACUUUUAAGGUUCAAUUAUCCAAGUUAUUGAAGGGGCAGACUUGGACAGUACAUCUUGAGAGUAAAUAAUCCAAACUUUACUGGGUAAUAUGGGAUUAAAAAUAAACUGAGGGGUGCCUGGGUAGCUCAGUUGAUUAAGCAUCCAACUCUUGAUUUCAACUUAAGUCAUGAUCUCCUGGUUCAUGAGAUAGAGCCCCAGGUCAGGCUCUGUGCUGGCAGCAUGGAGGCUGCUUGGGAUUCUCUCUCUCCCUCUCUCUCUGUUGCUACCCCACUCAGCUGUCACUCUCUCUCAAAAUAAAUGAAUAAACGUUGAAAAAAAAACUGAAAUAAGAGCCAGGCAACAAAAUAAUUUUUUUCUAGAACCAAGAAUUAUUAUUUUUUGAAUGAGUUAUUUAAAUUAUUGAAACUCACUAAGCCUCAGUUUCCCCAUCUCUUUACAAGAAGAGAGUUAAUGGGGCACCUGGGUGGCUCAGUCGGUUGAGCAUCUGACUUUGGCUCAGGUCAUGAUCUAACAGUUUGUGGGUUCAAGCUCUGUAUUGGGCUCUGUGCUGACAGCUCAGAGCCUGGAGCCUAUUUCAGAUUCUGUGUCUCCCUCUCUCUGUCUCUGUCCCUCCCCCACUCAUUCUGUUUCUCAAAAAAACGAAUAAACGUUAAAAAAGUAAAAAAAUAAAUAAAAUAAGAGAGAGCUGAGAAUGGGAGAAGAGCAGAGCGUCUAAGCAGUACACCCAGCCUCCUCUUCUCGCCACACCUCACUCUCGCAGCCCACCCGCCCUGCUGCCUGCUCGCAGCCCAGAACAGCUUCCACCAUGGCCACCUCUGCGAGUCCCCACAUGAACAAAGGCAUCAAGCAGGUGUACAUGUCCCUGCCUCAGGGCGAGAAAGUCCAAGCUAUGUACAUUUGGAUUGAUGGUGCUGGAGAAGGCCUGCGCUGCAAGACCUGGACCUUGGAAAGUGAACCCAAGUAUAUAGAAGAGUUGCCUCAGUGGAAUUUUGAUGGCUUUAGUACUUUUCAGUUUGAAGGCUCCAACACUGACAUGUAUCUUGUUCCUGCUGCCAUAUUUCGGGACCCUUUCUGCAAGGACCCCAAACAGCUGGUGUUCUGUGAAGUCUUCAAGUACAACCGAAAGCCUGCAGAGACCAAUUUAAGGCAUACCUGUAAACAGAUAUUGGACAUGGUGAGCGAUCAGCACACCUGGUUUGGAAUGGAGCAGGAAUAUACUCUCAUGGGCACAGGUGGGCCCCCUUUUGGUUGGUCUUCCAACGGCUUCCCUGGGCCCCAAGGUCCAUACACUACUGUGGCAUGGGACAUUGUGGAGGCUCACUACCAGGCCUGCUUGUACACCAGCAUCAAGAUUGGUGGGACAAAUGCUGAGGUCAUGCCUGCCCAAUGAUUCAAGAUAGGACACUGUGAAGGAACCGACGUGGGAGAUCAUCUCUGGAUGGCCUGUUUCAUCUUGCAUCGUGUAUGUGAAGACUUUGGAGUGAUAGGAACCUUCGAUCCUAAGCGCAUUCCUGGGAAUUGCAAUGGUGCCGGCUGCCACACCGACUUCAGCACCAAGGCCAUGAGAGAGGAGAAUGGUCUGAAGUACAUUGAGGAGUCCAUCGAGAAACUGAGCAAGCGGCACCAGUACCACAUCUAAGCCUAUGAUCCCAAGGGGGGCCUGGAUAAUGCCCAGCGCCUAACGGGAUUCCGCAAAACCUCCAACAUUAAUGACUUUUCUGCCAGCGUGGCCAACCGAGGUGCUAGCAUCCACAUUCCCUGGACUGUCGGCCAGGAGAAAGGUUACUUUGAAGACCAUCGCCCCUCUGCCAACUGUGACCUCUUUUUGGUGACAGGAGCCCUCAUCCGCAUGUGUCUUCUCGUUGAAACUGGCAAUGAACACUUCCAGUACAAAAACUUAGUGGACUAG